AUGUCUGCUACUCCCUGACACUCAGAACUGAGUAACAGUGGAUCCAAGGCUGAGGCCUGGCAGAAGUUAUCUGAAAGCCCUAGAAUACACGAGGCGUAAAUUCUAGCAGGAACCGUUAGCCAGGAAAAUAUGAUGAAACAGAAAACUUGACCGGCAAGUGGUGUGUAGCGUUGUGUAGGACAACCUUCAAGAACCUUAAAAUUGGCAACUUCAAAGAGGACGCACACUUUCCACAAAAGCCGCGCUUUGAAGUGGGUGUGCGUAAUUCCAGCCUACCUUAAACUGCGCAACGGGAGCUUGGGCUGCUCAGGGCGUCAGGACCAGAACUUGAACCCAGGGCCCCCAAGCUUUUCUCCGCCCAGCCGGCCUUUCAUUGGAAGCACCCAGGAUGUCUUCGCCUAGAGAUGGCCCCUCUCAAGGCGAAUUCAGCUGUGCCCCACCCGAGCGCCCCUGCUUCCUGCUUGGUUUGUGAACCCGGCCAUUUUUAAGUAUUCUCUAGUGCUCCCGUCAUAUAACCCGUUCCUCACUUUCUGGCGACUGAGGGAGCCUGGGUUUCUCAACUUGGGACCUGUGCAGUCAAAAGGCAGGAGCAGCUCACCCAACACCAGACCAUGGCUGAGCCUGGAGAGCAACUGCCAGAGGAGGUGCUAGCGCUAAUUUUCCGUUACCUGCCCCUGAGGGACCGAGCUGCUGCAGCCAGGGUCUGCAUAGCCUGGGCUACUGCUGCCACCUGCAGCGCCGUGUGGCAUGACACGAACAUCAGUUGCGACUGUGAACUAAAAGACAUGCUGUCACCGUAUCUGUCCGCCUGCCUGAACCAUGUUCACAACUUACGGCUGGAAUUUGAACCGUCGAGGGUGCAGAGCCGACAGGCGGCAACCGAAUUGCUGACCGCACUGGCGGGCUGCGUUAGUGACCCAGGGCUUCGAAGCCUGCGUCUAGAGUGCCACGGAGAGAAGCCACUCUUCGAUGCGGGACUCGACGUCCUGCAGGCCGUGCACGCCAUCUGUCGGGCUUCCCGCACGUUGCACCACCUCGACCUGCGGCUCUUGCCCUUCACGCUGGACGAUGCGUUGGUCCUGCAGACGGCACACUGCUGCCCCGAACUGCGCAGCCUUUUCCUGAACAACCGUACUUUGGUGGGCAGUGUGGGGCCUGAAUCCGUGCUGGAGCUCCUAAAGGCCUGCCCGCGCCUCUGCGCCCUCGGACUGCACCUGGCCAGCCUGUCGCAUACCGCCCUCAAGGCGCUGGCGGCACCCGACCGUGAGCCUUUUGUUCUCCUGGCCCUGCGGUGCGCCUGCCCCGAGGAUGCCCGCGCGCCCACCCUGCCCGACGAAGCGUGGAUCGAAUUGCGCUCCCGCCACCCCGGACUUGCGGUGGAACUGGAGCUGGAGCCGGCCCUGCCUUCUGAGAGCGUGAUGCGGAUACUGCAGCCUUCUGUUCCAGUGGCUGCACUGCGCCUCAGCCUCUCUGGGGACACUGUAGGCUCGGUGCGGUUUGCAGCGUGCCACUAUGCCGCAACCUUGCGCAUACUCGAGGUGCGCGCCGCCGCCUCCACCCAACUGGACGACACGCUGGAAUUGCUUGCGGCGCGCUGCGUGGGCCUGCGCGAAGUGCACUGCUUCUGCGUGGUGCGACCCUCCGUGCUGCACGCCUUCCACGCACAUUGCCCGCGCCUGCGCAGCUACACUCUCAAACUAACGCGGGAGCCACAUCCUUGGCGGCCCACGCUAGUGUGCGGGAUGGGGCAAUCCCCGCCCAUUCAAGCAGACGCAUGGCCUUGAGAUGCUCAGUGAGUUUGCCCAGGAGCACACCUGCUGCCUGCCUGAUCCUUCAGGACUCUGUUGCCUUUUGUACCUUGCAGGGAUUGGGGCCUGUGGAUGGCGUUGGGACCAGCCUGGGUCGCCCUGUGUCCACUCAGUGCUCUCAACAUCUGCAGACGCCCGCCGUCCACACUGUGCUGUGUCAUCCUCCUCUAACCCCAUUCCUCUGCAAACGCAGCGCUAGCUCCGCGGCCGCGCGGCGUGGGGGAAGGGAAGG